CAGGAACGUCCGGGAGCCUCCCUCCGCCGGGGGCGGGGUCGGCCUCGGGGGCGGGGCCUGGGCUGCGGCGCGCGGGGCCUGAGGCUGGACCUGAGGGAGCGACGCGGGCGGCCAGACUGCGCGGCGGGCCGGGCUGAGGUGGGGACAGGGACCGGCCACCAUGUGCGGGCGCACGUCCUGCCACCUGCCCAGGGACGCCCUCGCGCGCGCCUGCGCCUACCGCGACCGGCAGGGCCGGCGGCAGCUGCCCGAGUGGCGGGACCCCGACAAGUACUCGCCCUCCUACAACAAGAGCCCCCAGUCCCACAGCCCCGUGCUGCUGUCGCGACUGCACCUGGAGAAGGGUGCAGAUUCAUCAGAGCGUGUUAUCGCCCCCAUGCGGUGGGGUUUGGUUCCAUCGUGGUUCAAAGAAGACGAUCCUUCCAAGCUGCAGUUCAACAUGACCAACUGCCGCAGUGAUACCAUAAUGGAGAAGAAGUCAUUCAAGGUGCCUCUGGGGAAGGGAAGGCGCUGUGUGGUGUUAGCAGACGGGUUCUACGAGUGGCAGCGAAGUCAGCUGUCCAGCCAGAGGCAGCCCUACUUCAUCUACUUCCCCCAGACCAAGACAGAAAAGUCAGGCCACGUUGAUGCUGCAGAACAGCGUGAGGACUGGGAGAAAGUGUGGGACAGCUGGCGCCCCCUGACCAUGGCUGGCAUCUUUGAGUGCUGGGAGCCCCCUCAGGGAGGAGACUGCCUGUAUUCCUACACCAUCAUCACUGUGGACGCCUGCAAAAGCUUGAGUGACAUCCACCCCAGGAUGCCUGCCAUCCUAGAUGGUGACGAGGCCGUCUCCAAGUGGCUUGAUUUUGGGGAGGUCUCGACUCAGGAAGCCCUGAAGUUGAUCCACCCUACAGAGAACAUCACCUUCCACCCCGUCUCCUCCGUGGUGAACAACUCGAGAAACAACACCCCCGAGUGUGUGACUCCUGUCCACUUGGUGGUGACAAAGGAGCCUAAGGCUAGUGGCAGUAGCCAGAAGAUGUUAGAGUGGCUGGCCACAAAAUCACCCAAAAAGGAAGACCCCCUGGCCACAAAAUCACCCAAAAAAGAAGACCCCCAGACACCACAAAAGGCAGAGUCAGAUGUGCCCCGGUGGUCCAGCCAGUUCUUGCAGAAGAGCCCACUCCCCGCUAAGAGAGGGGGCGCAGGACUCCUGGAGCGAUGGCUGAAGCAGGAGGAGCCCCUGGCCAAGCGGCCUCACAGCCAGUAGGGCGGGCCUUGCGGACACCACGGCUGCCCAGGGAGACAAAGACCAUCGCAUUCUGCAUUAAACAUGGUGCCCGUGGCCUUAGAUUGUAUGGUGGGUAAGGCCAGCAGCUGACUGACCCAGGUUUGAUCCCUGGCACCCCAUAUGGUCAUCCCAGCCUGCCAGGAGUGAUCCAAGUGCAAGAGCCAGGAGUAAGCCCUGAGCGCUUCCGAAUGUGACUCAAAAACCAAACCAAGACACAUGGUUGCCAUAAAAAUGUCUUAAUUUACCUUGGGAGGUAGUACGGUGCUAGAGAAGAGUUGUGGUUGCAUGGAACAGGUAGCCAUCCUGGAUGUGACGGGGGUCUCUGCCAUCACUACACCUGUGGACCUUCCUGGUGGGGCUACCCCUGGCAGGAGCUCUCAGCACUUACCUGGGGCCACUAAUGAAACAGGUGUUCUCUGCUUUUGUGGGAGCCUUUUACUUACCAGUUUUUGUUUUGUUUUGGGCCACACCCAGCAGUGCUCAGGACUUAACUCCUGCCUCUAUGCUCAGGGUUCAUUGCUGGUGGGCUCGGGGAACCAUAUGGGGUUCUGGGGAUCGAAUCUGGGCUGGCUACAUGCAGGUCAAGCACCUUACUCACUGUCCUAUCGCAAGGGCCCCUCCAGUCUUUUUGAAUUGUUUUUCAAAGCAAUGUAGAUUUUUUUCUGAAUAAAGUGUAUUUGAUAAACUCUCAAA